AUGUAGAUUACUUGUACUUAAGCUGAUCAUUAAAAUCUAUAAAUAAUAGGCUUUUGCAUAGAUAAUACAUGUCCAAAUUAAAGACCUUAUUGUCAUUUUUGCUUGCCUAGCCAUGUUCAACAUAUUAAUAAGUUGACAUCUUAAGAAUUAUUAUCUGGAUGGAUUAAGGAAAGAAUUCUUAUGGUUUAAAAUAUUUAAAAGAAUGUUUAAGAAUGUAAAAUUGCCCUUGAUAGUCUAAUAAAUGUGUUCCUUCCAUAUAAUAACUUUAAUAUUCAAUAAUUAACAGAAUUAGGAUUAUAACAAAUUGAUUAAUUUAUAAAAGGUUUAUGUUAAAUGGAAAAUUGUGAAGAAUAAUUAUUUAAACAACUUAAACAAGCAAUUGACUAAACUAAAUCCAAUACAAAUGAAAUAAUUAAAAAAACAAAGAAUUAAACAAAUAUAAAGUAGAAUGAUAAUUUAUAAAAUCGAUAAUGUAAUAUAGAUUAAUCAAUUUUAGAAUAACCGAAGCAUAUAUGUAUAGUAGAACAAAAUCAAAACCCAUUCACUUUUGACCUUAUUAAAUAAUAUUCAAUUAAGUAAGAUGAAUGGUGUAUUGCUAUUGCUUUUAAUAAAGAUUAGUCAAUAGUUUUAGCUGGAUGUAAUAAUGAUAUUAAAGUAUUUAAACAUGUAUAAGGGAAAUUGAAUUAAGUAUAAUUAUUAAGUGAACAUACAGAUAUUGUUAAUACUUUAAAUUUCAUGAAAAAUACAAAUGAUUUUGUAUCUGGAAGUGAUGAUAGUUCAAUUAUAAUAUGGUAGGCGAUAGGAAAUUAUUAAUGGAAAUGUUAAUAAAAAUUGAAUGGACAUUCAGAUAUUAUAUAUUCUUUAUUAACAAAUAAUACUGACGAUCUAAUUAUAUCAGGUAGUGAUACAAUAAAAUUUUGGGUGAAAUAGGAUUAAUGGUUGUGUUAAUAAACCAUAAGUGAUCAUACUUAUUUUGUAUGUUCCUUAAGCUUAAAUGAACAAUAAAAUAAAUUGAUAUCUUGUUCAUAUGAUUCAUAAAUAUUAGUAAUAGAAUAGUAAAAGUUGGAUAAAAAAUGGAUUGUUACAUAAAAGAUAACAGCAGAUUAAGAAGGAUAAAGAUUAUGUUUUAUUAAUGAUUUUUAAUUUACAUUCUAACCCUAUUGUAAAGAUUAGAUUUAUGUAUAUGAUAUGGAUAGUAAUACUAAAAAGUAUAGCAUGACUAAGCAAAUUGCUGUAAAGUGUAGUUCAAGUGGUGAGAAUUGUUUUUUUCCAUAAUAAUACAUAAAUUAAAAAUGCCUCCUAGUGAAUAAGAAUGGCAAUUAUGUUAAUUUAAUUAGGAAAAAAGGAAAUGGAGACUUUACAGUUUAAUAAUCUAUUGAAUUUGGUUAGUUUUUUAUUUAUGGAUAAUUAAGUGAUGAUGGAGAGUAUUUGAUCACCUGGGAUAGUGGAUCAAAGGAAAUAUAAAUAAGAAAGUAUAGACAAUUAUGA